AGAAGCAUGAAAUGGAUACAUGGGAAGAUGAUCCAGCUGACCAGCGUACUUGCCUUAUCUGUGGAGAUCGUGCCACAGGCCUGCACUAUGGCAUCAUCUCCUGUGAAGGCUGCAAAGGCUUCUUCAAGCGAAGCAUCUGCAACAAGCGCGUGUACCGCUGCAGUCGCGACAAGAACUGUGAGAUGUCGCGAAAGCAGCGCAAUCGCUGCCAGUACUGCCGCCUGCUCAAGUGUCUACAGAUGGGGAUGAACCGCAAAGCAAUCAGGGAGGAUGGCAUGCCAGGAGGAAGGAACAAAAGCAUCGGGCCUGUGCAGAUCACAGAGGAGGAGAUAGAGCGGAUCAUGUCGGGGCAGGAGUUCAAGGAGGACGCCCCAGAGCACACCUGGGGCAACAACGGGGACAGCGACCACAGCUCUCCCAGCAAUGGAGCCUCUGAGGGCAACCAGCCGUCGCCCGCCUCCACUCUGUCGUCCAAUCGCUCUGUAGAGAUGAACGGCUACACAGCAGCCCUCAGGGAUCAGUACAUCAACACUUCAAUGUCCACACACUACCAGCUCCUGCCCCACUUGUUCAGUUACGCUGCCCAGUCCGGCCUGCUGGCCCCCCAGCCCCGCAGCCUCUACCCUCAGUCCCACCCUUUAGUGCUGCAGCUGGUGGCUGCUGAAGACUUGGCCCCCCUGACCACUCCUAUGCUCAUCGAAGACGGGUACAAGGUAACACAGGUGGAGCUCUUUGCUCUGCUGUGCCGCCUGGCAGACGAGCUGCUCUUCCGCCAGAUCUCCUGGAUCAAGAAGCUGCCCUUCUUCUGUGAGCUCUCCAUAGAGGACUACACCUGCCUGCUCAGCUCCACCUGGCAGGAGCUCAUCCUGCUCUCCUGCCUCACCAUCUAUAGCGCCCAGAUCUUUGGAGAUCUGGCCGAUGUCACCGCCAAGUACACGCCGUCUGAUGACGAGCUGCAGGGAUUCAGUGAAGAUGGGAUGGAAGUGAUGGAGAGGUUGAUAUAUCUGUUUCGCAAGUUCCAUCAGUUGAAGAUCAGCAAUGAGGAGUAUGCCUGUAUGAAAGCCAUCAACUUCCUUAACCAAGAUAUCAGAGGACUAUCUAACAUCUCUCAGCUCGAGCAGCUGAACAAGCGCUACUGGUAUGUGUGUCAGGAUUACACUGAAUACAAGUACCCGCACCAGCCCAAACGCUUCCCCGAGAUCAUGAUGUGUUUGCCAGAGAUCCGCUGCAUCGCUGGGAAGCUGGUGAAUGUCCCUCUGGAGCAGCUCCCCCUCUUGUUCAAAGCAGUCUUGCACUCCUGCAAAUCCAGCCUGACCAGCUACAGGACCGGCCCGUCGCCCUGUGUGACCACCUCCUCCGGAAACUAA